AUGGAGCUGGAGGAGAUCAACCCGGCAGCGAGCUGGUCGCCGCUGCAGGACCGCUUCUACCGGAAGCUCGAGAUGUACGACAUGGCCUGGCGCUCCAUCGACCUCGCCUGGCGCUCCAUCGACCUCGCCAUGUAUGUCAUCUCGGCCGCCCCGUUCGGAGGUCCCAUCGCUCUGAUGCGCGACAAUAGCAAAAUCAUUCGCGCUCAACGCACCAAGCGUGAUAUCUUCAUUUACAAUGCUGCCGGCACCCCGUUUGCGCAAAUCCCGUGGGACGGUGCUCGCAUUGUCGGUCUUGGGUGGUCGGAACAAGAAGAGCUCAUCUGCGUGCUCGAAGACGGCACUGUUCGCAUUUUUGACGUUCAAGGCGAACCCAUCCGCACCUUUACUUUCGGACAUGAAGUCAAGGACCAGACCGUCAUUGAGUGCAAGUUUUAUGGCUCUGGCGUCGUCAUCUUGACGGGCGCUUUCGUGUUUUAUGCCAUCACGACCUUUUCCGAAGAAGCCCCGCAGCCGCGGCGAUUGGCCGAGAUUCCAGAAAUGACGGCCGCACCAACCAGCUGGGUUGUCAUUGAACCGCAAUUCUCCAUCAAUCAUGGCGUUGAAGUGCUUGCUGCUGUUGGCAACACCAUCUACGUCGUUGAUGCUGCAGAUGCACAAGACCAGAUGCUGACCGACGGCCCAUACACGGCGCUGACGGUCUCGCCCAAUGGUCGACUGCUGGCAAUGUUCUCAGAGACGGGCGUGCUGUGGGUUGUCUCGACGGAUUUCCAGCAAAAUCUCACUGAAAUGCACACCAAGAGUCGUGCCAAGCCGCAGCAGCUUGUCUGGUGCGGACAAGACUCUGUCGUUGCCUACUGGAGCAAUAUUCUCCUCAUGGUGGGUCCCAACGGCGACUGGGUCAAGCAUCCCUACGACCACCCAAUCUUCCUCGUGUCUGAAGUGGACGGUGUCCGAAUUAUUAGCAAGGAGAAGCACGAAUUUAUGCAAAAGGUUCCAGUCUCUGUGGAAAACGUGUUCAAGAUUGGCUCUCUGCAUGCUGGCGCCAAGCUUUACGAAGCAUACUUGCAAUACGAGAAACGGAGCCCGAAGGCGGACGAGUACAUUCGCACCAUCAAGACCGACAACCAACUGACCGAGGCUGUGGACACUUGCAUCGAAGCCGCCGCGCACGAACACUCGCACAAACUCCAACGCCAGCUGCUGCAGGCUGCGUCGUUCGGCAAGGGCUUCCUGGAAUACUACGACUCGGAAAAGUUUGUGACAAUGUGCCAAACGCUGCGCGUGUUGAACGCCGCACGCUUUUACGAGAUCGGCAUGCCCGUCACCUACUCUGAGUACUCGGUUAUCACCCCCACUGGUUUGAUUGACCGACUCGUGUUGAGGCGUCAGCACUUCCUUGCCUUCCGCGUCUGCGAGUAUUUGAAGCUUCCUCAAGACCGCGUGUUGAUCAACUGGGCAUGCGCAAAGAUUCGACAACCUGCGGAAGACCCUGCAGUGGUUUGCCAGGCGGUCGUUGAAAAGCUGGCAAAUGUUCGUGGCAUUUCCUACACUGAGAUUGCCAAGGUUGCCUUCCGUCACAGUGGUCCUGAGCUGGCUACCAUGCUGCUGGAUUACGAGCCGAAAGCCGGCGUGCAAGUGCCACUGCUCAUGACCAUGGAUCAAGACGAAAUGGCAUUGACGAAGGCGAUCGAGAGCGGUGAUACCGAAUUGGUUUACUUUGUCAUCAUGCGACUCAAGCAAAAGAUGGAAGAGUACGACUUUUUGCGCUUUAUGCAAUCCAAGCCCGCGGCUCUGGACUUGUUUGCCACGUAUGCCAAGCAGCAAGACCCGGCCCUGCUCCGCAACCUGUACAUUACUGACGAUGGCAAGGUGGAGCUUGCGUACAUGGACGCGGCCGCGGCCUACAAGUGCACGGGCUUGCAAGAGCGCUUCACUGUCCUCAAGUCGGCCGUGGAGCCGUUCGCCGCAAGCAAGGAGCCUCCGUUUGUCGCAAGGGCCAUCAGCGAGCAAAUGGAGCUGUACAAACUCCAAAACGAGCUGGAGCAGGUUUCCAAAGUGCCGUGGGCUGAUUUGUCUGUUUCCGACACAAUUUACAAGUGCUUGACGUCGGGCUAUCCCAAGAAGGCGUCGGACGUGCAGAGCCUGUUUAAGGUCCCUGAUCGCCGAUUCUGGUGGAUUAAGAUUCGUGCUACUGCCGACACUGGCAACUGGAUUGAGCUGGAAAAGUUUGCCAAGUCCAAAAAGUCGCCCAUCGGUUACGGACCGUUUAUUGAUGUCUGCAUGGAGAAGGGCAAUCCUGGCGAGGCCAAGAAGUACAUUGAUCGCUUGGCUCCUGAAGAGAGAGUUGCCGCGUACAUUCGUGUUGGAGCACUUGCGGAAGCCGCCGAAGCUGCGUUCCAGCAAAAGGACGACGCUGCGCUGCAGCAAAUCCGUGGCCUCGCCAAGAACCGUCAGCAAGUUGUCGUCGCCAUUGACAACUUCCGUGCUACGCUUGCGCAAAAGAAGUAGAAGGCAGCGCAGCUCUUUUCGUUUGCUGAAGCGCCCCCCCCCCCUUUCGUUUGUUUGAUUUUGUUUGUUUGCCAAACCAAGUUGAUGUCCAAUUUUUUUUGUCGUUUGUUCAAUGCAAAUAUUGUGUCAAGUGGGUAUUCAUGUUACUUUGUAAUCGCAGAA